GAAAUUGUCUAUAAUUUGCCAUCAAUGUAUUCUACAGAGUAAAUUUCAUGGUGUAUUUUUUCAGUAUUAAUUAAGCACUACUCAACGAUGCCAAAUCCGGGCGGCCCAUACUUGGGCUGUGAGACAUGUCGUCGUCGGAGAAUCAAGUGUGAUAGAGGACGGCCAGAGUGUACCCGAUGUAUCAAAUAUGGCUCUAAAUGUCCUGGCUAUCCACUAGAGCGAGAUGCUCGUUUUCGAAACCAGACCCGCAAAGUUUUAUACCAACAGUAAGUAAAAUGUGCAAAAAGAGUGUCAUAAGUUAGUUGGCGUAUAGCUAAGACGGACAUUUCAGGUCUAUUACAGGAAAUCAAACAACACUUAAUAUGAGUAAUACCAUCCAGAUUAUGUGCCCCAACGCAACAGAGCAGCAGAUGACAGCGUUGGGGCUCGUCGAUCGCGCAACGCUAGGCACGACGCAAACUAAUUCAUCGCUACCAAAACAAUUAAGUGUUUCCGAAUAUAGCAUAUUGACGGAGUUCUUUUUUAAUCAAUCUGUCAUAUCGGUCGGGUGGUAUUCAUUCUUACCGAAGCUUCACUUACGUCCAUCAGCGAAGAGCUGUUUGCAAGCUACUCUCUUCGCCACGUCAUGUUUUCUGGCCGCAAACCAGUUUCGAGACUUAUUAAUGGCUCAAAAGGCUACUAGAAGAUAUGGUGUUGCUCUCCAGGCUAUCAAUGCCGCUAUAGCUGAUCCAAUGCGCGCUUGGCAAGACGAAACACUGGUCUCUAUACUCUUGCUAAACGUGUUGGAUGACAUUACGGGGGAAAGCAGCUUCGGCUCUUACUCUCAUCUUGAAGGAUGCGCACAACUGAUUAAGCAACGGCAAGACAGUGAUUUCCAAACAGAACACUCCGAAGACCUAGCACACUCUAUCGUGAUGCAAAUCCAGCCAGCUAUUUUAGAAGGACAUCGAUCACAGACUAGUACUGUUCGCGAAGAGUUGAUUGGCAAAUGGCUCUACGGACAAUCGCGACCAUCGCCUGCUGUCCGAAUAUUGUCAUUUUGCUUCCAAAUUAGUCGACUUGGCAAAAUGAUACAGGAAGCCCUUGCUGGAGCCACAGCUCGUGAACAAGACGGCACGGUGUUGUUGAUUAUGUUACUUGAAGACGGCAUGAACUUGGAGAAGCGCAUGGCAGACUGGCAUAGGUUACUUGACGAAAGGUGGGAGCGGAAAACUUCGGCCUCAAAAACGAUGGACGGUGUCCUAUUGGACUAUUAUUCCGAUAUACAAGUGGCCAAAACGUGGAAUCACUGGCGCGUUGCCCGUAUAGUCCUUCACGACUCGCUGCUCGACGCCAUCUCAAGCCUCCAACUAUCUGCGCGUGGGUUUCAAGGAAGCCUUGAUAUUUUGCAGGCAAAUUCCUCCGCUAUUAUCACACGAAUGGUCUCAGAAAUAUCAGCAAGUAUUCCUUACCAUUUACAGCAGGUUGAUGAGAAAGGGAGAGCCACUACUCAAACCAGCCAGAGAGUGCUAGGUGGUCGCGCGCUUAUGUGGCCAUUAAAGAUGGUACUGCAGUGUAAAUGGAGUGCACCCUUUUACAAGCAAGAAGCUAUGGAAACCUUGCAAUUUAUUAGCGAUGUUUUGGGAAUAAAGCAAGCUAUUAAACUCCAAGAUAAAACACUCGAGCGUUCUGCAUGACAAUGAGAAUUACAAACGCGGGUGUAUCAGUAUGGAACCUUCUCCAUCUACGAACUUGCUACUAUGGAAAUAGUACUCGCCUAGUUUGACAAAUGGUUGGAAGACCAUAAUCGCACGACCAGUUACAACACACGGCAUCGCAUUGCUCUCGUGCUGGAUGCACAAUCUAUUAAACAUAUCAUGAAACUUCCUGAAAUGUGGGAUAAAAAAACCAAUGGGAUUGACCGCUGCGCCUUUCUAUGUAAAGCCGUAAGUCGAUAGGGGAUCGGUCAGGAUCAGCCUAUUCCAUGAUUGUAUAUAGUCACGGAUAUGUUCUUAGUAUUUUGGUUUAAAGUAAUGUAUGAAGAGAUAUACAGGCUGAUCUAUACAAGCUGAUCUAUCAAGCAGAG